AUGCAAGACAACCAAGGCGGAGAUCGGCGAACCUGGCUGGUUUCCAGCAGGACGUCCGCCCAAUUGGGCCUUUCUUUAAUAAUCGAAGGCGCCUCUGGCGAAUCACUGCCGCCCUCUGCGUCUGUGGACUGCCUCGGUGGGGUGUGUUCGAUGCAAGAGCUCGACUGGCAGAGCGCUGUUUCCCACCGAGGUUGUCUGGAGAACUCCGAGUACACGGGGGAUCAAGCGCUACCCGAGAAUGAUUGCAACAGGUUUUCUGCAUUGUUUUGGGGCGACAUUGUGGGUCUAUUGGGUUGGUUAGGUGAUCUCCAGCCUGAGAAGCGCGAGAAGGUGAUCUCCAGCCCGAGAAUGUGA